AUGGGAGGAGUUGUGGACAAGGAAAUAAACACUCGCAAAGGACCUUAUGUUUUUCGUUUGCAUGGACAGAACUACCACCACAUCGGAACUCUUUUACCUGAAGGUACAAACAAACCUCGGUUUGCACAGCUGUACAUCUAUAAUACCGAAAAUGAGGUGGCAAACAGGAUAAGUGCGUCAAGAUGCAAUGAUAAUAAAUCAACAGUGGACCCCAACAUUGUCAAAGAAUUGCAAAUAAUGCUCGACGACAACAACAUCCUCGCAAAAACAUUCAGAAUGGCAAGAGAUAGAUUCCAAGAAGGAGACUACCAUGAUUACACACUUCGGAUACUAGGAAAAAGGAACGGAACACACAACCUUCCAUCCGCAUCUGAAGUUGCAGCAUUGGUAGUAAGAGAUCCAACUGGAGAGAGUGAAGGACGUGACAUUGUUGUUGAGUACAAAAAUAUGGUGCCACAAAGGAUAUCAGAGAUCCACCCGAAAUUCAUGUCCAUGCAAUAUCCGUUGUUGUUCCCAUAUGGAGAAGAUGGUUUUAAACUCGAGAUACCGUACAAGAAAACAAAAGGAGCUAAAAACAGCAGGAAAUACGUAACGUUGUUGGACUACUAUGCAUUCUACCUACAGCAACGUCCAGACCAAGGAAUGUUAUUGCUCAAGUCUGGGCAUCUGUCACUGCAAUUUUGGGUGGAUGUAUACACAUGUAUCGAGCAAAAUAGACUAAACUGGAUCCGACACAAUCAAGGAAAGCUAAGAACUGAACUUUACAGUGGAUUGCAGCAUGCAAUUAAGCGAAGGGACACAAGAACAGAGCAGGUUGGAAAGAGGAUAAUUGUGCCUUCAUCUUUUACAGUUAUCUACACAAUAGAAUUCCAGAGGAGAGGACUCCCGCAUGCCCACAUACUAAUAUUUCUGAAGGACAAAGACAAGUACCCAGAACCAUCGCAGAUCGAUAAAAUAAUAAGCGCUGAGAUCCCAAACAAGGACGAGGAUCCUGAGGCAUUUGGAGCUGUCGAGAACUUCAUGAUGCAUCGCCCAUGUGGAGAGGCUAAGCAAAACUCACCAUGCAUGGUGGGCCAUAGAUGCAGCAAGCAUUUCCCAAAAAGAUACAAUGUUAGUACUACCAUCGAUGAGGACGGGUUUCCAGUAUAUAAAAGGAAGGACGACGGAAGGUCUAGAUCAAUCAAGUACCUAUAUAAGUAUAUCGACAAAGACGACGAUCAAGUUACAGCCUUGCUCAAGGAAAGGCUCGCAGCAAAUAAAACUGACGAGAUCAAGAAAUACCUAGAGAUGAGAUACAUAUCAACAUCAGAAGCAUGCUGGAGGAUAUUCCAGUUUGAUCUUCACUAUCGUGAUCCAGCCGUUGAGAGGCUACCUUUCCAUCUUGAAAAUGAGCAGCAAGUGAUUUUUCCUGACUCGACUGAUCUUGACAAGAUAGUUACAAGGGAAGGAUCUAAAAGUACCAAGUUCACUCAAUGGAUGGAGGCAAAUAAAAUAUAUGAGCUAGGGAAAGAAUUAACGUAUGCAGAAUUCCCUACAAAAUUUGUAUGGAAACGUGAAACAAAAUGUUGGCAGAAGCGAAAAAGGGACUAUGCAAUUGGAAGAAUCUACUAUGCACAUCCUGCAAGUGGUGAGCGACAUUAUCUGAGGAUGCUUCUAAACACCAAGAAAGGAUGCACAUCAUUUGAGGACAUUAGGACCAUUGAUGGAGUCCCUCACCCAACGUACAAAUCAGCAUGCCAAGCCCUUGGAUUUCUGGAUGAUGACACUGAGUGGAUUGACUGUAUCAAUGAAGCAUCAAGUUGGGCAUCUGGAGCACAACUGCGUCAGUUAUUCACCACCAUAUUGUCCCAUUGCGAAGUCACAAACCCAAAGAUAUUGUGGGAUUCAACAUGGGAGGCAUUGUGUGAAGAUAUGCAAUACAAAAGAAGGAUUAUUCUAAACAUUCCAACGCUUCAGCUCACCAACACACAGAAACAAGCGUAUGGUCUGAUUGAGAUAGAAAAACUGAUGAGGCAAGUAGGAAAGUCAUUAAAGGAAUAUACAGAGAUAGAGCUACCAAAUGCUGCAGAGCUAGAUGAACUUGGGAACAGACUAAUAAACGAAGAGGUCAACUACGACAUGGAGAAACUCAAGGAUGAGCACAAAACCAUACUAAACAAUCUUAACCAAGACCAGAAGAAAGCCUUCGAUAAAAUAAUGGAAUCCGUCAACAAAGGGCUAGGAAAGCAGAUAUUUGUCGAAGGCUACAGUGGCACAGGAAAAACCUAUCUAUGGAAAGCACUAACGACGAAGCUAAGAUCAGAGGGAAAGAUAGUGCUUGCGGUGGCAUCAUGUGGCAUUGCAGCGUUGCUUCUCCAAGGUGGAAGAACAGCACACUCAAGGUUCCGCAUUCCACUUAAUAUAACUGAAGAAUCAACGUGUGAAAUAAAACAAGGCUCACAUUUGGCUGAACUACUAAAGAAGACCUCACUUAUAUUGUGGGACGGAGCUCCUAUGGCAAACAAACACUGCUUCGAGGCACUAGACAAAAGCCUUAGAGAUAUUCUCAGGUUCACUAACGAAAACAGCGACGAAAAGCCAUUUGGUGGAAUGACAAUUAUACUAGGAGGCGACUUCAGACAAAUCCUACCAGUUAUAACCAAAGGAAGGAGAGAACAAAUAGUUAAUGCUACAAUCAAAAGGUCAUAUCUGUGGAAACACUUCGAAAUAUUUGAGUUAACACAAAACAUGCGGCUGAAGUGUUUGUCAGAUGAUCCAAUACAAAAGCAAAAGGUCGCUGAAUUUGCAGAGUGGAUACUACAAAUUGGCGAUGGGAAAACAGCAUCAGAUGAAGGAGAGGAUUGGAUAAAAAUACCAAAGGACCUACUGCUACAGAAAGGAGAAAAUCGUAAAGAACUAAUCGUCGAAAGCAUAUAUCCAAACUUGCUGCAAAAAUACCGUGAGCGGGAUUACCUAGAAGAAAGAGCAAUACUCUGUCCAAGAAAUGAUACAGUCAAGGAGAUAAACGACCACAUCAUGAGCCAAAUACAAGGUGAUGAGGAAUCCCAGACCAUGAGCUAA